CAUGAUUUUUUGUCUUCAAUUAUUUUAAGGGAGAGAAACAACACAUUUUCGAUACACAUGAACUCAAGAAUUCUGAGAAAAACUGGAAACAUGGACUACUCUUUCCCUCUCCAUACCUGCGAUUAUAAUGUCCACAAGCUUUACAAUAUCAUAAACAGGUCUCAUGCACUCAUCCAUUGUAUAGCCAUAGCUUUCUUGGUUUACUAUAGAGCUUCCUUUCUCUUUCAAAACCUUGAAAUCAGAGCCACACCUAUCGUUCCAUGGCUUCUGGUUUUUACCUCUGAGCUUCUUCUCUCCUUCAUGUGGCUCCUUGGCCUAGGUUCUCGGUGGAGACCUGUUUGUCGAACUGUGUUUCCCGAAAGAUUGCCCGAGGAUAGCAAACUCCCUGGGAUUGAUGUGUUUAUAUGCACUGCGGAUCCUGAUAAAGAGCCAACCGUGGAGGUGAUGAACACAGUUUUGUCCGCCAUGGCAUUGGAUUACCCGGUGGAGAAGCUUCAUGUGUAUUUAUCAGAUGAUGCUGGUGCUGCUAUAACUUUGCAUGGCAUGAGAGAGGCUUGGAAGUUUGCAAGGCGGUGGCUUCCAUUUUGCAGGAGAUAUGGAAUCAAGACAAGGUGCCCUAAUGCUUACUUUUCUGGUGGUGAGGGUGAAUAUAACCACCACAGGAGUACCCAGUUCAUAGUUGACAAGGAAAAGAUUCAGGAAGAAUAUGAAAAAUUCAAGGAAUGUAUAAUGAGAACAAGUGAAAAUGGUUGGCACGGAGAAAGAAGCAGCUGGAAUAGGUUGAAUCACUCUCCAAUAAUUGAGGUGAUGGGCGAUACGUUGCAAGAAGAUAAUGUUAAGUUGCCCCUGCUCGUCUAUGUUUCUCGUGAGAAAAUGCCUUUUUAUCCUCACCAUUUCAAAGCUGGAGCCCUUAACGUCCUUCUCAGAAUCUCAGGUGUACUAAGCAAUUCCCCAUAUAUAUUAGUACUGGACUGUGACAUGUUCUGCAAUUAUUCAACCUCGGCUAGGCUAGCCAUGUGUUUCCACCUUGAUCCCAACAUUUCUUCCUCGCUUGCAUUCGUUCAGUUUCCUCAAAUGUUUCGCAAUGUCAAUCUUAGUAAUCGUAUUUAUGAUUAUAAAAUUAGACCUGUGUUCAAGCUGCAAUGGCAUGGCAUGGAUGGGGUGAAUGGUCCGAUCUUAUCCGGUACCAACUUUUACAUCAAGAGAGACUCAUUAUUUGAUAGCCAUAUUCACCAUGAAGAUUAUUACCAGCCUGGAAGCUUGAGAACGGUUGCAGAUGACUACUCUUCAUUGGUAGAAGAUACCAAAGUUUUAGCCUCUUGCAAGUAUGAAGAUGACUCAAAAUGGGGUGACAAAGUUGGUUUCAUGUAUAACACUGUGGUAGAAGAUUACUUGACAGGGCUUAAAUUACACUGCAGAGGCUGGAAAUCAGUGUACCUUAGCCCUGCAAAGCCAUGUUUUUUGGGCACUUCGCCUACAAAUUUAAAUGACCUAUUGAUUCAGAAUACAAGAUGGAGCUCUGGACUUGUUGGAAUUGGCAUCUCAAAAUUCUGCCCUCUCAUAUAUGGGCCAUCAAGAAUGUCUUUUCUUCAAAGCGUGUGCUAUGCAGAAUUUGCAUUUUUUCCACUUUUUUACUGCUUGACUUUAUGCUGUUUUGCAACCAUCCCUCAACUGUGUCUACUUGGUGGCAUCUCUUUGUACCCCGAGGUUUCAAAUUCGUUCUUUCUCAUAUUCUCAUUCAUUUUUAUAUCUGACGUUGUUAAACAUCUAUGCGAAUGCUUCUUCACCGGAGGGUCAAUCCAGACAAUGAUAAAUGAACGAACGAUAUGGAUGAUAAUGUCAGUUACAUGCUACUUAUAUGGAAGCUUAGAUGCUAUUAUGAAGAUUCUUGGCUUGAGGGAAGAUAGUUUCUUGCCAACCAAUAAAGUGGAGGACGAUGAUCAAGUUAAGCUAUACCAAAUGGGAAAAUUUAAUUUCCAAACUUCAACAAGGUUACUUGCUCCAUUGGUUACCAUAAUAAUCUUGAACAUGGCAUCAUUUUUUGUGGGCACUAUAAGAAUGAUCGUUGCUGGUGGUUUUUAUGAGUUAUUUGGGCAAGUUUUCCUCUCAUUUUAUAUCUUGGCCAUGAAUUACUCUAUAAUUGAAGGGAUGAUGAUAAGGAAGGAUAAGGGUCGUGUUCCACCAUCUGUGACUCUACUAUCUGCUAUUUUCUCUGUGAUUUUGUUGGCUUUGGGAUCUAUCAUUCUCAUGUAUUAACUAUUAUGCUAUUAAGCUUUGGUUCUUUUACUAUUUAUUUUUGGAAAAAUAAGCUCUGGGAUGUUAAUUUAAAGUUUUCAAUUGAAUGAAUAAAUAUGAAGUGUGUGACUUA